AUGCGAUAUUACUUAGUUUUUUAUAUUUUAUUUUUUAAAUCGGUAUUUAAAAGUUUAUAUAUAAAAGAUUAUAUUAUCGUCGAACUUAACGAAUUAAAAUACGAGGUCGAAUAA